CCAGUCCAAGAUUUCAAGUGUUCACAGUUCUAUUCUAUAACAAACAAAAAAACAAAACCCAAUCUUUCUACAAUGCCUGUUGUGUUCUUCUCCACUCGUUUUCUCUUCUUCUCCAUCGUCGUCCCUUUACUCAUCUCCAUCGUUCUCUACCGACUCGACUCUUUCGACCCGGUUCAUUUUCCCGCUGACUCACUCAUCCCCUCUGCUGCUACUUCAACCCCGCCGCUAAUCAACGACAGAUUCCUCACCGGAGCUGAGUUUAUCGGCGUUGGUCUUCUGAAUAACCCUGAAGAUAUCGCUUACCAUAAGGAAUCUAAUCUCAUAUAUACUGGUUGCGUAGAUGGAUGGGUGAAACGAGUCAGUGUCCAAGACUCGGCUAAUGACUCAGUCGUCGAGGAUUGGGUUAAUACCGGAGGUAGACCACUCGGUAUUGCUUUCGGACUCCACGGCGAAGUCAUUGUCGCAGACGCAAUCAAGGGACUGUUGAACAUAAGUGAUGACGGGAAGAAGACAGAACUGUUGACGGAUGAAGCGGAAGGUGUGAAAUUUAAACUGACGGAUGCAGUCGUCGUUGCAGAUAACGGCGUUUUGUAUUUCACAGAUGCUUCUUACAAAUACAAUAUCCAUCAGUUUAUCUUUGAUUUCUUGGAAGGCAAACCACACGGCCGUCUCAUCAGCUUUGACCCGACAACACGUGUCACACGUGUCCUAGUCAGAGACCUCUACUUUGCUAAUGGCGUAUCUUUGUCUCCUGACCAAACCCAUCUCGUCUUCUGCGAAUCCGUCAUGAGAAGAUGCAGCAAGUAUUAUAUAAGGGAGGACCGUGUGGAGGUGUUCAUUCAAGGCUUACCAGGUUAUCCAGAUAACAUUCGUUACGACGGAGAUGGACAUUACUGGAUCGCAUUGAUUUCGGAAGUAACAAGGCCGUGGAAGCUGGCGAUGAAAUACCCUUUAUUGAGGAAACUCAUAGCCAUGGCGGCUAAGUAUGGCGUGGAGUUACUGUCUAUAAAAAAUGCAAGUGUUUUGCAGGUGGAUUUGGAUGGGAAUCCCAUCGCAUCGUACCAGGAUCACCCAUUCUCUCACAUAACAACCGGAGUCAAGAUUGGGAACCAUCUAUAUUUUGGGAAUCUUUUGCAGUCCUACAUUAUUAGACUCGAUCUCUUGAAAUAUCCUGCACAAAAUAAGAUAUGAGUACAUUCUGAUUACACGAAUAAGGAAACUUUGGAGUAUAUAUAUAUAUUCUCACA